GUCCUUCCAAUUAGCAUCGCCUGAAAUUGGACUUAAAGUACAGCUAUUAUUUUGAAGGCCAACACGUUGUAUGUCCGAUGUCUCGCUUGUUACGUCCUGGUAACUUGACGUGCUUACGUUUUGACGUAUGAAUCAUCCUUCUCAAGAUGGCGAUGCACCUGUUUCUUCGACGCUGAUCCUCUGUUGUUAUCUGCGCAGCGUAAGAAAACAAACAGCCCGUCACGCGGUGUAGCUACACUGGCGACGGUUAGAGAACAGCUGGAGUGAACUCCGUUGUUCAACAUGUCCACGGAGGAGCUGUCAGCCUCGGACAGCGAGGCUGUGUUCGCCAACGCUGGGGAGCGAUGGGCACCGGUGGGCGCUGUGGCCAACCCUGAAGAUGAGAGCGGCAGCGCGGGUAAGCAGAGGCAUAGAGACUCGUCGCCGUCCACGGAGGAUGAAAUGGCCGCCAGGCUCAGGAAACUUGAAGAGGAGCAGGACUUGCUGAACUCUUCGCUCCUCGCCCUCACCUCCCACUUCGCUCAGGUUCAGUUCCGACUCAAGCAGAUAGUUCACGCCCAGAGCGAGGAGAAGGAGAGGAUGCUUGCCGACCUGGAGGAGUUCGCCUUCAGGGGCUGUCCUCAUGUGGUGGGCUGCAGGGCUCAGGAUGCCGUACAGAUGGAGAACUCGGGCGAUCUGAGUGAGCGGGAGAAGAGGGAGCGCCUGGAGGCUCAGAGGGAAAAACAAAAGGAUUUAAUUUUCCAGCUGAAGACGCAGCUGGACGAUCUCGAGCGCUUCGCCUAUCAGGAGGGCAGCUACGACUCGCUGCCGCAGUCUGUCGUCAUGGAGAGACAGAAGGUCAUCAUCGACGAGCUGAUCAAAAAGCUGGACGUCAACCUGAACGAGGACAUCGGGAACUUGUCCCCCGAGGAGCUGAGGCAGAGAGUGGACGCUGCCAUCGCUCAGAUAGUAAACCCAGCCAGAGUCAAAGAGCAGCUGGUAGAGCAGCUCAAAACCCAGAUCAGGGACCUGGAAAUGUUCAUCAGCUUCAUUCAAGAUGAGGUGGGGAACCCUCUCCUGUCAGAUGGACACAGCGAGCAGCCGCAAGCAGCAGGGACCAGCACCAGAGGUCCAGGAGUGAAGAAAGUCGACCCAGAACAAGCCCAGAGGAUGCGAGACACGGGCCUGCACCUCAUCCAGAAGGCACUUGCUGUUUUGCAGAUUUUCGCUGCGAGCCAGUUCGGCUGCGCAUCUGGCCACGUCCCCCAGAGCAUGUGGGCUCAGGAUUUGCCGGGACAGGACUAUGGGCCCCUGCUGCAGCGUCUGGAGGCAGCUGUGGAGAAGGUGCGAGUGUUGGGCUCUCGGAGGCAUCCUUCUGUCGAACACGUUGUCAGCUACACCAGCAACUACACCACCAGCACCACCCUCGCUGCGCGAGACGAGCUGACGACGUCUGUGAGGAAGGAGCUGGCGAUUGCUCUGAAAGACUUGCUGUCUCACGGCCUCUUUUCACCCUCUCAGACAAUGAGCCUGGUCCUAGCGCCCAUCUCCUGCCUUCUGCCUUACAGACCAACCCCACAAACCAUGCACCCAUGGGAACUCUUUGUAAAAUACUACCAGUCCAAAAAUGGGAAGGCCUUUGUGGAGUCACCAGCCCGUCAGCUUUCACAGUCCUUCAGUCUGCAUGUAGGCAGCGGCCCAGUGACCGUCACCCCUAAACAGUCCCUGCUGUGGGCCAUUCACACCGUCCUGAAGGAGCACGGACGCUAUAAGCGAGGACCAGACACAGAGUUCAAAGCUCUGGUGUGCAUGGCACUGAACGAGCAGCGGCUGGUGUCGUGGCUCAAUCUGCUGUGUAAGUCCGGCACUCUGAUUCACCCACACUACCAUUCCUGGAGCUACAUGGCUCAGACCGGCUUCGAGGGAGCCCUGCGCAUCCUGGGUCGCAUCAGCCACCUCAGGUUCAACCUCCCAGUCGACCUGGCUGUUAGGCAGCUCAAGAACAUCAAGGAUGCUUUCUGAUGCUCUCACACUUAGUCUCAGAGCUUAAAGCAUUUUCCCAGCUCUUAACCUAGCAUUCAGGACCAAGAGAAUGACUUUGUGCUUCAAAUAUUUAACCUUUUUAAGGUUAUUUAAGCAGCCAUCUGUAAAGUAAAGUGCAAGUAUGUGAUGUCUGAAGUAAAUGCAUGGUUGGUUAUGUUGUCAGUCUGCACAUGUUAAAAAGCCAAAAUGUCGAGAAGACAACGCUACUUGUACUGUAAACAUGCCUUAGAGUGGAGAUUACCUCAUGGUUAGUAAAGCCUUCUUGACCUUCGCAACCUGUGCUCAUCAUACGGUAUCAUUCCCUUGCUGUACCUGAUAGUGUACCUAUGCAGCAAACAUUGUGGGAGACAGGUGACUUGUACAGUAGUCAGUACUGUAAUGUGGUUUCCGGUCAGACAAUCUAGGAAGAAAAUGAAUGAAAUUUUACUCCUGUGGAUUCUCCACAGUAACCCAGGGCUCGAACUGCUGCAUGUUUAUGGUGAAAAGUGCUUCUAUGGUGGAAUUGAUUAUUUAUGUUGUUAAUCAUGCGUAGCACUCAUCCGUUUCAUCAGGGUGCAGUGGGGAAAACUAAGACAUAUUUGAAAACAUUUACUACAAAUAUGCAGCUCUGAAGUGAAGCUGUUUCUUCACUCCAUUUUAUCUCUGAUGCUGUUGUGGUGCGCGGACACCUUUCAACCCUGUAUGAACUGCUGCUUUUCUCCUCUUCCAGGUGUAAUCACAUGAGGAUAGUGAUCUCAUAUUUAACAUGAUUGUACGAUGUAAAUUAGUUUUACUUCAGUGUGGUUUAUUUUUAUCUUCCUGAGACAGCUGAGUUGCACGUAUGAUACCCUUAAUUAACUGAAUGUAUGAACCAUAGAUGCUGAUAAGCUGAAUUAAGUUGAUAUCUGUUGUUUGUUUCACUGCUGUUUAUCUUUAUUGAACCUUCAGUGUUCCACCUGUAUGUAUCAACCUUCUGAGCAUCUACAGUGCACCUUUGUGUAGCUAGGUUUUACUCAUUCUUUCCCAUUUUUUGUUUUAUUCAUCUGUUGUGUUGUGAUUUAUGUAAAGUAACAUUUAUUUAUUGUGUAUCAUAGCUCAAUACUAAAGAAAGUAGUAGAGCACAUCGGAACACUAUGUUAAAGUAGCUGCUGUACUGUAAAUGUAGCAGGUCCAUCUGGGAACAGUAGAUACACUGGAUAAUUUAAUUGUGCCAUUUAUUUUAUUUUUAUUUAAUCACAGGUAACAUAUAUAUAUAUUGGGAGGUGGUAUAUUCUUGAAUUGCGGUUAUAUUUAGUUUUUUAGUUUUUAGUAUAUUUAAUGCAUACCUGCAGCUGUAAACAAGUUAAAGGUAAUAAAUAAAUCGCUGUGCUGCAUAUGAA